GGCCCUGCGCUGCAUCCAGCAGCCGCCCGCCCGCAGGCACCGCCGCGGACUCUGCCGCACCAGAGCCGCGCCGCCCCCUUGCUCGGUUUGGCUAGGCCUUGCCCGGCUGCCCUCGGCCCUGCCCGCCGCCAGCGGCUGCGCACGCCUCUCCUCUUCCUCCUCCUCCUCCUCCUCCUCCUGGCGGCCACUGCCCAUGGCAAGGAUGGAGGCCAUCGAAGAGCUGGAGCUCAAACCCUGCACCUCCUCCCUCUACCUGCGGCCUUUCCGCCUCUGCUACCGGCAGAAUGGCACUAAGAAGUCUUGGGAUUUCAUGAGGACACAUGACAGUGUGUCAAUCCUGAUCUUUAAUACUUCACGGCAGUGCUUUGUUGUGGUGAAGCAGUUCCGCCCAGCUGUUUAUAUGUGUGAAGUAGAAAGGCAUCAUCCUCAAGUCUUUCAGAAUCAGGACAGGGAGAGCUUCUCUGAUCUAAAGGAUCCCUUACCUGCCGUGGUGGGAGUAACCUAUGAACUCUGUGCUGGCAUCGUAGACAAAUCAGGCCUGUCCUUAGAAGAAAUUGCAUGCUCAGAAGUCUUAGAAGAAUGUGGCUAUUGUGUUCCUGUUACAGAACUAAGGAGAAUCACUUCUUACAGGUCUGGGGUUGGUGUGACAGGUUCUAGGCAGACAUUAUUUUACGCAGAAGUAACAGAUGAGAUGAAAACUGGAGAAGGAGGUGGCCAACCUGAAGAAGGAGAGCUGAUUGAAGUAGUAGAAAUACCUUUAGAAGAGUCCAUGAAGUUUGCUUAUGAUGAGACUCUCCCGAAGACGAUGGGUGUCAUCUUCAGCUUCAUGUGGUUCCAAAACAACAUAGCACCCAAGCUGCCAACAAAAGAAAAUUAAAGCACAAGGAUGUUAAGAGAAGCUUUCCUGCAGCUUCUGUGGCUACAGAAAACUGCAAAUCUGCCUGCUUUGAUCAACUCAACUUUUCACAGAGCAAAUCUUUCUUAAAAUAAAUGUGGGAGUAAAAUCUGAAUUAAAGUCCUGACCUAAUUUCCAUUGUUACCAAAGCACUUACUGGCUUCACCAGAGCCAGGAUUUGCCUCUGAGAGUCAAAUACUGACUUUUGUAUGGAGGCUAAGUGUGUCCAUGUCUCCUUUCUCAAGGCACUGCUGUACCACUAUUAAAGACUGGAUGAGGCACUUAGUGCCAUGGUCUAGUGGACUGGAUAGGGCUGGGUGCUAGGUUGGGCUGGAUGAUCUUGGAGGUCUCUUCCAAUCUGGUUCAUUCUAUGAUUCUGUUUUGAAGAGUGCUCUGGACUCAGAGCAGCUGCUGUUAACCGUGGUCUGUGGACAUUGGCAGCUGUGUAUUCACUGUAGUUUCUGAUCUGUUUUGGGGAAGGCAGCAAACAUUCAUAGUCACAGCUAUCUUAGCUGUGUUCCCCAGUUCUGCAAGGCCUUCAGGGAGUGGCCUUCUCUGUGGUGUGUAGCUCCUGUGCAGAGAAAACAUUUGCAUUUCUGACCAUGCAACCCUUUAAUUCCAUCAGCAAACAUGUCUGUAAAUCCUUCUGCUAAUGUGUUGCUUGGACAAUAGACCAGCUGUAAGAUUAUGUCCUUCUGUUUGUCCCCACUAUAGUGCUGAGCAGCAGCAAUGGUGGUAGAGGGAUGAAUGAUGGAGGCUUCUACUGGAACACAUGCUUCUUUGUUUGUUUUAUGGGUAAUACUUGAUUAAUUAGACCAAACUUUGUCCUCUAGAACAGGACUCAAGAGACUGCUUCUUACAAUUUGACUAGGAGGUGAAUAACAGAAGUGACUUUUCAGAGGUGUUCUGCAGUCUGUUUCCUUAUCACCCCAGUGGGAAGAAUGGGACUUAACCUUAAGAUAACACUCCUUGAAAUCUCAUGAUCAGAAGUGCUUUAUUGAGAGGUUUUAUCUUCAUUUGUGCAGUGUACAUUGGAGCCCAUGCAGCCUGCAGAGACACAGGGAGCAGCACGAUUUCAUUUAGUAGAGUGAUCUAAUCAGAACAUUGGCACCUUGUUCUGUCAGCGUAAUUUAGAUGUGGACUGCUUGUCACGUGGAACUGUUAAAAGCAUGAAUGAAAGAGAAUCACAUCUGGCAGUUCAAUUAUGCACUAGUUUCUGUUAUUCACUAGUUUAAUGGUCAUUAGCAUGCUUUUGUUGUAUAUUCCAAGAGUACUGAGGUGGUAGCUAUAAACAUAGGUGAGACCUUUAAUGUAGGAACUGGAAUAAAUGCAGUAGAGAGGCCUGAUGGUGUCCAGUGGCUGAUGUAAAAUCACUGCAUGUCUGAGUAGAUGUGUACAGAAAUAGUUUUCUUAGGAAAAUCUUUUGGAACUGGUACUUGCUGCUUGUCCUACUGACAGGGAGGAAAGGUCAUCAAAUCAUAGAAGGGCUGAAGGGACCUUACAGAUCAUCUAGUUCCAAUGUCCCCACCAUGGGCAUGGACACUUUAUCUGGAUGAGGCACUUAGUGCCAUGGUCUAGUUGACUGGCUAGGGCUGGGUGAUAGGCUGGACUGGAUGAUCUGGGAGGUCUCUUCCAACCUGGUUGAUUCUAUGAUUCUAUGACACCUUCCACUAUAUUCUAUCAUUCUAUUAUUAGGUUGUUCAAAGCUUGUCCUGGGAAAGGAGUUUUCCAAGGAAAGCCCCUGAAGAAAGAGCAGCCCAUGUCUAUGGGAGUCAGACAUCUUUUGUGGAAGCAGACACAUUUAUGUUGAAGUGUACCUGGUCUGUGGUGAGUCUAGGGCUGAGUUAGGGCAAAAAAAAUUCUGUCUGAUGUAUUUAUGUUGGAAGGUGGUUUAAGGUGGGGUCUGCACUGCUCCACAUCUUCACUGUGUCUGGUAUAAUGUCUACUGAUUGCUAUUGAUGCCUUCACAAAUGACUACAACAUACAGAAUAAAUGCCUUUUGUUCCAAGCUGUA